AUGGAUGGUAAAAACAUGAAGCUGGAACGUAAUACAACCAGAAAAACAAAUGGCAACCCUAUCUUUGGGUUGGCAGUAUCAGGAAACAGAGCAAUAAUCAGCACAUGGUUCCAGGCUUCUCUCUUCUCAACUCUUGUCCAGGCAGCUGCAGCUUCAUGGAAAGUGGAGUCUUCUAACCUCGGAGAGAAAAAGUUAUUUAGUAUUAUCGUAGUAGAAGACUCCAUCCAGAAUGCUGUUUUUCUUCACCCCUGUGGCAAAAAAGAUAAGGCUGGUUGCUCGCAUCUGUGUAUGCCCCUUCAAGGGCUCAAGUACCAAUGUGCCUGUCCUACAUUUGGAGGCUUAGCCAUGAGUAAAGAUGGCAAAACUUGCUUACGUAAUCUUUCUCUGUCUCAAUUUCUUUUUCACUCUCUCAUCUCACUUUUUGUCUCUGUUUUUCUCUUUCUGUCUCAGUCUGUCUCUUCCUUUCUAUGCUGUUUUCUCCCUCAUCCCUUUCUGUUUCCCUACACACUCUCUUUCUCUUUCUCUCUUCUGUUUCUUUUUUCUUUUUGCUCUCUCUCUCUCUCUGACUGUCUCUCUCUCUCUCACUCUCUCUCUCUCUCUCUUUCACAGACUGUCUCUAUCUUUCUGUGCCUCAUGCUCCCUCAUCUCACUAUAUCUUACCUCAUUUUCUAUCUCUUUCAAUCUAAACUCACAGUCUCUCUUACUACACUGUUUCCAUUACUUUUUUCUCUAUCAUCUCACUCUCAGUCCCUGUCUCUUUUUCUGUUUCUCUCUUCCUCUUUCUUUUUAAUCUUACAGUCUCUUUUUGUUAUUUUUUUUUUCUGUUUAGCUAUCUUGUCUCACUAUUUCUGUCUGUUUCUUUCUCUCAAUCUGUCUACCUCUCUCUCUGUACCUCCUUCUCCCUCAUCUCACUUUUUGUUUUACACCUCACUCUUUCUUUCAGUUUCUUUCUGUACCAUCGUAUUUUUUAUUUUUAUUUUACUCUCUUAUUUCACUCUCCCCCUAUGCUUCUCUCACUCUCUCUGUCACUCUCUUUCUGUGUCUCUUUCUUACUUACCCCUACCUAUCUCAGCUUGUUCAUAUCUAUCUAUCUAUCUAUCUAUCUAUCUAUCUAUCUAUCUAUCUAUCUAUCUAUCUAUCUAUCUAUCUAUUCCAUGGCUCCACCUGCUCAAAAAUUUGUUUCAGAUGGAGAAGUUGCUUGAAGAUCUUUAG